AAAGUUUUAGUCACAACCUAGGUAUACAGGGAGAGAGAGGGUUAUGUAGUGUAGUUCAGGCCAUACAACGCUCUCUCUGAAGAGGAUUUCUGCAGUUUACUAAAGGCAUCAGAGCAUCCUUCAACUCCUGGGUACAUCAUCAUAACACGCAAUCAUGAAGGUGGCCUCCUUCAACGUCAGAAGAUUGGGCACAAGCAAAGUGGCUGAUAAGAACGUCCUGAAAUAUCUCAUCAAGAUCGUGUCCCGUUACAGUGUCUUAUUGAUCCUAGAAGUGGUUGAUAGUACUGGCCAGGCCAUGACAACGUUCCUUAAAGAGCUGAAUGACACAAGGGCCAACAAGAAGCAUCCUUACACCAUGGUGAAGAGUACCAGACUGGGGCGUGACACCUACAAGGAACAGUUUGUCUUCCUCUACAGAAAGGACCAUGUGAAGCUGACUGGCAGCUAUCAGUAUAAGGACAACCAGGUGGGAGACGAGGACGCCUUCGCUAGAGAGCCCUACAUCCUCCGCUUCACCUGUCUCAAUACAGUGCUGAAAGACCUCGUGUUGAUCCCGGUGCACACCAAGCCUGAAGACUCUGUGAAGGAAUUGGAUGAGCUGUACGACGUGGUUAAAGUAGUGAAGAGGAAAUGGAAGACUGAUAACAUCAUGAUCCUGGGCGAUUUCAAUGCGGACGGAAGUUAUGUCACCAAGAAAGGCAUGACAAAUAUCCGUAUCCGUAGUGACAAGAAGUUUCACUGGGUGAUUGGAGACGAUGUGGACACCACAGCCAACACUAGCAACGACCACACCUACGACAGGAUUGUGAUGUACGGGGAUGACAUGUUGGAGGCGAUGGUCCCCAACUCAGCCAAACCCUUCAACUACCACAAAGCCUUUCACUUAUCUGAAGCUAUGGCUUUGAGUAUCAGUGACCACUACCCUGUAGAGGUGGAGCUGACGACGGCUGAAACUGUACCACAGAAGAAAGAGGAAAAAGAGAUAGAGGAAGUAGAGUCUCCCAGUGUAAACCCAAUACCACGGAAGAAGAAAAGACUCGUGAGAAAGUUAAUAGUGAAGUCAAAACAAGCCUAGAAAUGCCUACAUUUAUAUAAAUAAUUAUAUUCUGUUUCUGUUUGUUUCAAAUGUUUCAAGUGCUUUACUUAAUAAAGACCUACAUGCAAUAUUC